UAAUGGAGGAUGGAUGCGGUCUGGACCUGAUUAAACUCACCACAGACAAACUCUCCACCGAUGCUGUGUCAGAAUCAGUGACAUGUUCCUCCUGUGGAGCCAUUUCAUUAUUCAUUGGAACCACCAGAGAUCAUUUUGAGGGAAAGAAGGUCGUUCGGCUGGAAUAUGAAGCGUACGUUCCCAUGGCGGAGUCAGAGAUCAGGAAAAUAUGUGCUGAGUUGAGGAGAAGAUGGCCGACGGUCCGACACAUCUGCAUCCACCACAGACUCGGCGUGGUUCCUGUUACAGAGGCCAGUGUGAUUAUCGGAGUCUCGUCCCCUCACCGCAGUGACUCUCUGGAAGCCGUGAAGUAUGGGAUCGACUCUCUCAAGUCCACCGUCCCCAUCUGGAAAAAGGAGAUCUAUGAAUCAGAAGAGUCGUGCUGGAAAGAGAACAGCGAGUGUCUGUGGACAGGAAGUCGGGACGAGAGAAAAAUGAAUUGACCUUUGGACUGUAAAAUGGCUCCGGGGAUUUUAUCUGGAGUCGAGGGCUCGGACCUAAAGCUCUUGAGAGAGAGACGAGGAUUUAUUCUCAGUUCUAACUCAGCAAUUUUAGAACUAAUUCCAAAAAUAUAUCUAUAUUUAAGGAACGGUUUUAAAUCCAAGGUUAAGCCCGAGUUCGGUCAAGAAGUAGAAAUGACCUUUAAAAAUGAAACUGAACAACUGUUCGCUGUUUUAGUGAAAUAAAACACAAAGUCCAGCACUUUUCCCACUAGUUUUCACUAACUACAAAUAAUAUGGUGAAAUCUACAGAAUCACACGAAAUCUUUCUUUUAAAAAAAAAAAAUACUAAGACAAUUUAUUCUUAAACUCACAGGGAUUAAAAGAAAUCAUGCUGAAAUCUGAGUAAACCUAAAGUACUGAAGUUUACAUAAGGAUCAUUAUUAGCAGUUUUUUUUAACAAAAUACUCAAUUAUUAUUUAAUGUCAGCUGUGAUUUUAUCUUUUUAUAAAAUGGUUAUUUAAUUUUGUUAUGUAAUUAUGUAAUUAUUCUGGAGAAGCUUUAAAAGAGCAUGUAUUGUGAUGGUAUGGCUGUCAUACCGGAAUUCACCACAAGGUGUCACCGAAAACUACGUAACUAAGAACCUACUGCGCUGAUAAAUAAACUGUUCCGAUGGCAGACAACAGGAAGAUGUGUCUUAUAGAUGAGUCCAUUUCAUUUGGCAGUACCUUUAAGAACAUGAUGAGAAUGUGGGCGUGUCUUUACAUCCAUAUAUAGAAGUGGAAGGAAGACUGUGUGUGUGUGUGUGUGUGUGUGUGUGUGUGUGUGUGUGUGUGUGUGUUUGUAUAUCCGAGUUAUGGAAUUACUGUCAGUCUUACAGAAAUAUAUUUAUAUAUGCAGAAAUAUUGAAGAAAACCACAACAAAAAAAGUAAAAACAUUUUUUAAUGAUGACUGAAUACAUUUCCAUAAAGCUUUUAGUAAAAAUUGUUCUUUGUUAUUAUUUUUAGAAAAAAAAUUGAAAUAAUGUACCAUCGAAGACAAAAAAUAAAUAAAUAAAUUCUGCAAACAUUUAGAGGUCUGAUAAAUUUACAGAAACACAUUAUUUUGGUAAUCAAUAAUUACAUCUGUCUACAUUCCUGUAAGAUAAAGUUUUUUUAAAUUCACCAAAGAUUUUAAUUUUUUUUAAAUGUACAAAUUUUCAUGAGCGUCAAAAGAAAUAAACAGUACAGUGUAAAUACAAGGGG